CUCAUUCAUACAUCACUAUUCAUUCAUCUUCUUCCUCACAUUAGCCCAAAUCUCUCCAUUUAUUAUAUAGUUUGGAUCCCUAUAAUCCAUUAUUGGUGCUUUCAUCGAGAGAUUAGAGCAAAAUCAAGUUAGGUUCCUCCCAAAAUGCCCCAAAAAAAAAAUCAUCCAAAAUACAAAAAAUCAAUCUGAAAAAAGCAACGACAAGCAUAUGGGAUUUCUGGGACAGAGGUCGGAGAUGUCCUCGCCGGAAAGGUAGCCACCGUCCUGGUCUCCGCCGCACGCUAGCGUCAGAAGCCGCCGUCCCAGGUCUGAGCCGAAGCUGCCCUGCACCAUCUGCUGCAGCUCGCUUCACAGAGCACGAGUUCCGCUGCCUCCGUCACAGCGCUGCUAGCGUCGCGCUUGGUCAACUACGCGGCUCGACGGUUGGAGCCUGAGCCAUGACUGGAGAAUGACCCUAAAUAUCCACCAUUAAUGGCCCCUACGAGCUUUAGGAGCGACAGAAUGUGCACCAAUGGACCCCUGUGGAUGCGGAACUCUCACGAUGAGAGAACUCGAAGAGCGUAUCGGACGCCGUCUGAGGAAGCUUCUCCGGUGCUGCCGGAGUCCUAGCGAAAUCAAAAUCGCUCCCGGUCGUUUCGUUCUGCCACCGCCCCCCCACCUGAGGAAUGUACCAGUCUCCAACAGAGGAAGCUUCGUCGCCACUGGUACUGCCUGAGGGAGUCUCCAUCACUAUCCACACUGUCAGCUCCUCACAUGGACAACUGGACAAGCUACAACAGCAGUUGUGCGCUGCUUUGGGGGGUCUUGGACGUCGCAGGCAAGGCUCUCCUCUUGCCAGCGAGGAAGCAGGCAAAGGUCUAGGUCAAGAGUAUUGAUGAGCUGCCCAAUGAGGAAUUAAGGACCCAAUUUCUACAUGGGUCCAUCAUUUCAGCCCAAGUAUCCGAUUACUUCAACCCCAAGAUUAAUUCUCAAAAGCUGAUGACCUCAAUCACAACAACAUAUUUCAGCCCAUUAUUCUGGCCCAAAUAAGAGCUAAGUGCCCGAUACUUCUAUUUAUACACUUAAAAUAUUUAUUAAAUGAUAGUAGUAUAAUUAUUACUAUUAUUAAUUAUAUUAUUUCCACCACCAUUAUGGCGGGUAAAAAACCCCCGAGGUGGUGAAGACCAUUAUGAGGGAUUAAAAUUUCCCGAGGUCACUAAUGAAAAUUUAUUCUUGGCGUUAGUAUUUUUAUCAUCACCAUUAGAGCGGGUUAAAACCCCCAGAGCGGUGAACCAGAGCUCUAGUCUACUGAACAUCUUUAUUUGAUGAUUUGAAUUAUAUUUGGGUCCCUCGACCUACCCUAGCCACCUUUAUUUGCUGACUCGGGCAUCUAAAAAUGAGAGCUGCUACCGGCCGCAUACGACAUUAUGCUUAAGAGCGGUAAACGGUACACCUCGUUCUCCGAGACGCUAAUCGCGUCGCCCAAAAGCCGUUGCCAUGAACAACGCACCUAUUGUAUUCCGCUUAUUUUUUGAAAAUGUAAAUAGAAGAUACCACGUAUCGUAUCAGCAACCUUAGAGCGAAGGGCUCAGGUAUGCUCCACUUUGUAUUUUGUAUCAACGAAAGGCUCAGGCCCAGCUGAGAGAGCACGUCGUAUCGGCCCCUUAGAGCGAAACGCUCAGGCAUGGCCGACGAUGUCCUCAGGACGACGGGCCCGCAAACGGCCCACGUCUUGAAAUGGGAAGUUCACCGCGUCGUCCACGCGCCUGAUCGCAGGACGACAGGCCUGAAAUCAUGGCCGAGGUGACCAAAUCCCCAAACUCAGGGUCGGGCAACGGCAACCGUUGGAAACCGACCAAUAGUCGAGCCCGCGUCAUAAAUAGGCGACGGGACCCCCCUGAGAUCAUGGACGUUAUAAACGAAGUCCAAAACGGCCGGAGGACUAUCGACCCCUAUGGCCGAAGGCUGAAAGAAGGACACUCCCCGAAAUAGGGAACAAAAAAAAAGAGGGAAGCCAAGAACCGCGCGCACUCGCCGGCCUCGAGCAACAAAAAAUGAAAUCCCCAAAAUUUGACUAAGUACAUAUCAGACAAAUACUAUACAUGUCAGACGAGCGCCCAGCGCCGUCCCUCUUUUUUUAGACGAGCGCCCAGCACCAUCCCUCAUUUUUUAGACGAGCGCACAGCGCCGUCCCUCAUUUUCAGAUGACCGCCCAGUGCCGUCCAUCAUUUCAGACGAGCGCCCAGCACCAUCCAUCAUCUCAGACGAGCGCCCAGUGCCGUCCAUCAUCUCAGACGAGCGCCCAGCGCCGUCCAUCAUCUCAAACGAGCGCCCAACGUCGUCCAUCAACUCAGACGAGCGCCCAACGCCGUCCAUCAUCUUAGACGAGCGCCCAUCGCCGUCCCUCAUUUUUUAGACGAGUGCCCAACGCCGUCCCUCAUUUUCAGACGAGCGCCCAGCGCCGUCUAUCAUCUCAGACGAGCGCCCAGCCCCGUCCAUCAUCUUAGACGAGCGCCCAACGCCGUCCCUCAUUUUCAGACGAGCGCCGUCUAUCAUCUCAGACGAGCGCCCAACGCCGUCCCUCAUUUUCAGACCAGCGCCGUCUAUCAUCUCAGACGAGCGCCCAUCGUCGUCCAUCAUCUUAGAUGAGCGCCCAACGCCGUCCUUCAUCUUCAGACGAGCGCCCAGCGCCGUCCUUCAUCUUCAGACGAGCGCCCAGCUCCGUCCUUAGACGAGCGCCCAGUGCCUUCCAUCAUCUCAGAUGAGCGCCCAGCGCCGUCAAUCAUCUAAGACGAGCGCCCAGCGCCGUCCAUCAUCUCAGACGAGCGCCCAACGCCGUCCAUCAUCUCAGACAAGCGCCCAACGUCGUCCAUCAUCUUAGACGAGUGCUUAGCGCCAUCCCUCAUUUUUUAGACGAGCGCCCAGCGCCGUCCCUCAUCUCAGACGAGCGCCCAGCGCCGUCCAUCAUCUUAGACGAGCGCCCAACUCCGUCCCUCAUUUUCAGACGAGCGCCCAGCGCUGUCCAUCAUUUCAGACGAGCGCCCAGCGCCUUCCCUCAUCUUAGACGAGCGCCCAACGCCGUCCUUCAUUUUUAGACGAGCGCCCAGUGCCGUCCCUCAUUUUCAGAGGAGCGCCCAACGCCGUCCAUCAUCUCAGACGAGCGCCCAGCGCCGUCCAUCAUCUUAGACGAACGCGCAACGCCGUCCCUCAUUUUUUAGACGAGCGCCCAGCGUCGUCCCUCAUUUUCAGACAAGCGCCCAGCACCGUGCAUCAUCUCAGACGAGCGCCCAACACCGUCCAUCAUCUCAGACGAGCGCCCAGCGCCGUCCAUCAUCUCAGACGAGCGCCCAGCGCCGUCCAUCAUCUUAGACGAGCGCCCAGAGCCGUCCCUCAUUUUCAGACGAGCGCCCAGCGUCGUCCCUCAUCUCAGACGAGCGCCCAGCGCCGUCCCUCAUCUACGGACCAGCUCCACCGUCCUACAUGUUUAGUCCGGCGCCAACGCCUUGCCCCGUCAUCAUAUUAUCGGAUCGGCUUCUCAGCAUCGCUGCUCGCGCAUCACGAUCGGCUCUUCGGCCCCGACGUGAUUAUUUAUCUCAAGAACGGCUUCCUCAGCGCCGAGAGUCUUGAGCUAGCGAUCGGGCUCACCAUCCCUUCCUGGAUGGUGACCAUCACCUUUAUAUGACGAUCAGCUUCAUCAGCGCCUCGUCAUCAUAUUAUAGGACCGGCUCUUCAUCACCGUUGUCCUCACAUCACGACCGGCCCCUCGGCCUCGGCGUGAUCAUCUAUCUCAAGACCGGCUUCCUCAGCACCGCGAGUCUUGAGCCAGCGAUCGGGCUCGCCAUCCCUUCCCGGAUGGUGACCAUCGCCUCUAUAUGACGAUCGGCUUCACCAUCGCCUCGUCAUCAUCAUUUGGACCGACUCCUCAUCGUUGUCAUCCUCAUAUCACGACCGACCCCCUCGGCCUCGACGUGAUUAUUUAUCUCGAGACCGGUCUUAGUCAUUCUUUUACCGGAUGACGACCGUUGCAUGGAUUUUUGGACCGACCCCUCAUCACCGUCGUCCUCACAUCACGCCCGGCCCCUCGGCCUCGGCGUGAUUAUCUAUCUCAAGACCGGCUUCCUCAGCGCCGAGAGUCUUGAGCCAGCGAUCGGGCUCGCCAUCCCUUCCUGGAUGGUGACCAUCGCCUCUAUAUGGCGACCGGCUCAUCAUUGCCCCGUCCUCAUAUUUCAGAUUGGCUCUUUUCAUUGCCAUCCGCGCAUCACGACCGGCCCCUCGGCCUCGGCGUGACUAUCUAUCUCAAGACCGGCUUCCUCAGUGCCGAGAGUCUUGAGCUAGCGAUCGGGCUCACGAUCCCUUCCUUGAUGGUGACCAUCGCCCGUAUAUAACGAUCGGCUUCAUUCUUGCCUCGUCAUCAUAUUAUCGGAUCGGCUCAUCAUCUCCGUCCGCACAUCACGAUCGGCCCCUCGGCCUCGGCGUGAUUAUCUAUCCCCAAGACCGGUCUCAGUCAUUCCUUCAUCGGAUGGUGACCGCUUCUUGGACUUUUGGAUCAGCCUCAUAGUGCUGACGACCUCGCAUCACGAUCGGCCCCUCGGCCACGACGUCACACCCUAUCCCAACACCAGCUUCAUCAGCGCCGAGUGUGUUGGGCUAGCGAUCAGGCUCGCCAUCCCCUCCUGGAUGGUGACUAUCGCCUCUAUAUGACGAUCGGCUUCAUCAUCGCCUCGUCAUCAUAUUUCGGACUGGCUCCUCAUCAUUGUCAUCCGCACAUCGCGAUCAGCCUCUCGGCCGCGACGUGAUUAUUUAUCUCAAGACCGGCUCCCAGCGCCGAAGUCUUGUUAUAGCGAUUGGGCUCGCCAUCCCUUCCCGGACGGCGACCGUCGCCCCUAUAUGACACACGGCUUAUCAUCGCCUCGUCCUCACAUUUAGACCGGCCCCAGCGCUGAAGUCCUUAUCUAGCGACCAGGCUCGCCAAUCCCUUCCUGGAUGGUGACCGUCGCCUUCAUAUGACACGCGGCUUAUCAUUGCCUCAUCCUCAUAUUUGGACCGGCUCGUCAGCGCCGUCGUCCUCAUAUUCGGACCGACUCAUUUGAUGACGUCGAGCUCAUCUACAGGCCCAUCGGCCAUAUGUCGUUCUGUCAUCUUUAUUUGAUGACGUAGAACUCAUUUGUAGGCCUCUGAGCCAUACAUCACCCCGUCAUCUUUAUUUGACGACGUGGAGCUCUUAUGCAGGCCCCUCGGCCGCACUAUCGCCCCGUCGUCUUUAUUUGACGACGUAGAGCUCUUAUGCAGGCCCCUCGGCCGCACCAUCGCCCCGUCGUCUUUAUUUGACGACGUGGGGCUCUUAUGCAGGCCCCUCGGCCACCCAUCGCCCCGUCGUCUUUAUUUGACGACAUGGAGCUCUUAUGCAGGCCCCUCGGCCGCACCAUCGCCCCGUCGUCUUUAUUUGAUGACGUGGAGCUCUUAUGCAGGCCCCUCGGCCGCACACAUCGCCCAAUCGUCUUUAUUUGACGACGUGGAGCUCUAUGCAGGUCCCUCGACCAUACAUCGCCUCUUCGUCCUUAUUCGACAACGUGGAGCUCUCGUACACGCCUCUUGGCUCAUCGGCCUUACGUUCUGGUCAUCUUUAUUUGAUGAACCAGACAUCAUAUUGUGGACGGUCGCUCGACUCAUCCCUUAGUCAUCUUUAUUUGAUGACUAGGACUACUGAUCAUGAUGAGCUACCCACAUCUAGAGAUCGGUCUCGACCAUCCCCCCAGCAGACGGGCACCGCUGCAGCUCCAUCUCCAGGCCGAAGGGCUCGCACCUUUUGUUUCAUUUUGGGGGCAUCCGGUGUACUCUUUUUCCCUCAUUAGGAUUUUUCCCCACAUGGUUUUUCCUAAUGAGUUUUUUAACGAGGCAUCUCCCCAUCGUGGAUCAAAAGGUGUCAACCCUCGCCCCCCUGUUGAAGACAUCAUCCGAAACGCAUUACUCUACUUAUCUUCACCUCAUUACACUCGCCUCAAGGAGUGGGGGACUGGAAGAGCGGGGGACUUAGCGUCUCCGUUAACCAAAGAAGCAGAAAUUCAAAUUUUUGUUCACGAAGUUUACUCACCAGACGACGACAGAUCAGCACACAGUUCUACUCUCUUUCGCCUCGAAUACUCUCGACUCAGAGAGUGGGGGACUCCUGAUAGAGUAUAUAGACUCGGACCCCCGGGUCUCACGACUAUUGGACCCGGACAGCGGCCCACGUACACUCAGCUGAUAGCAUUUUCAUUAUUGUACAUUAUUAUUAUUAUUAUUAUUCAGGUGUUCUAGAUUAGCCUUUUCUAUUAUCAGUCCAUUUAUGUAACCGGGUCUGUCAGGCCCAUAUUAGAGGCCCAGACCCGGAUAUUCUUCUAUAUAUACUCCCUUAAGGAGUUCUUGUAAACCUAAUUCACAACUCAUUCAUACAUUACUAUUCAUUCAUCUUCUUCCUCACAUUAGCCCAAAUCUCUCCAUUUAUUAUAUAGUUUGGAUCCCUAUAAUCCAUCAUAAUAAAUAUCAGGUUUUGCCUACUUAGCCCAAAUACACACUUUAUC